CAUUCGUUGUAUUUUCUAGUUUUCUAUUGCCUCAAGACAAAGAUGGACCGGACAAAAACAAUCCGGGUUCAUUGCCAGAUUUGACCAAUUUCCAUGUGAAUGCCUCUCCUCUUUCUGGUCACCAAGCAAUGGAAAACGAGGACCAAGGAUCCUACAGUUCGAGUCCUGCCACGGGCAACAGCCCAGGUACCAUGGCGGGUACUCAGUGGAGCCCUGGGACGGUCCCCAGCAGUCCUCACAGUCCCAUUCUGACCGUGAGUACGGCUCCACCCGACCCGCAUAUCAACACGUCCCCCCUCCCAACCACCCCCAUUCCUAUCAGUCAGUUCCAAAAUCACGAGCAAGUGUUUUUCCCCAACUCCUUGCCCAAUGUGUCCAUGAUGGGCAUGAAUCCGGUUGUCACGGGGAACCAGUAUUUUGCAGACAAACAGGGUUGCCUACAAUCCACAGCUAGUUUGCCUGUUACCCCAUGGCUGCACAAACGUUACCCACAUUUGGCGCAUUCACCUUCACCUAUUAUUCACGAAUCCGCAGACAACCUCUUCUUUGGGCGGGAUGACUUUAGCGUCCAACAGCCCUUGAGGUCAAUGGGUUCAGUACCUGCCACCGUUGUUGUGUCUUCAAAUGCAUCGUCGUCGGAUGUGGUUUUAAAACAAACUUGUUGUUCUUCGACGUCGUCAGUUGUGUCCUCGACCACCACGUGCACUUCCUCAUCACCCCGACACGCCCAACACCCCGGUGGGAAUGUCCGCCUAAGCGAUAGCGAUAUCUGUAAGAUCCUGUCCAUUCCCAUGAAUUUGGUGGCCGACCCUUACUCCGGGGACGACGAGUUGAUCUUCGAGGAGCCCCCGGAUCUCCUCCUCCAACCCACCCCUAAUCUAGCUGUGACCAGUCAAACUAUGAGUGUUGUGACCAAUGCUGUGCCUCGAGGAGGAGGCGGAACAGGAGGAGGCGGAGGAGGGCGGGAUCUCGAUUGCUCUUCUUCCAGCUCGCCCCAAAUCAGUUCCUCCUCGAAUGGCACCCAUUAUUCCUGUGAUAAAGAAAGUACAAGUUCCCCUGGCAUUACAACAACAAAAACCACCACCACCGAAGAGCGCAAUUUCCUUCAUUUCAGCAAGGGAAUGACGACGGAUCAAAGUGCAAUGAAUCAUCUUCAAUAUGGAUAUCAAAAUCAACAGCACCAAAAUAUUCCCAAUGGGUCAAAGUCGGAAUCCUUGACCAACUAUCGAUCAUCCAAUGUGCAUUCUCCUGCUGGCAACAUUCAGGGAAGUCCACAUGGAAGGAGUGCCAGCCCUGUCGACAUGGUGGGAAGUCCAAAUUCUCCUGGAGUUUUGGGCUCAUCCCCAAGUCGCUCACCUCCGGCUCAUUCUCCUAUGAGUGGAGGAGGGACUGUGGUAUAUGGGCGAGAGAGCCAGGGCUCUAACCAAAGGCCAAAUGCGCAGGGAUUUCAUCAUCAACCGCAACAACAACAACAACAACAGCAGCAGCAGCAUCAAGCACAAUCCGAGUUAGCCAAGGAUUUUCAAAAGUUUUCAGUGAUGGAGACCUCGUCGAGCUCUACCAAUGCCAUCUAUUGCCACGAUGUUGCAGCCAUGUACAACGAGGGUAAAACCUCCCAUCCCAACCCCCAGCAAUCACCUCAGCCAAUCAAUGACUUCUCCGGAUACUUUAACAACUAUGCGAGUGAUAUGAAUGGGAAAGCCAACCAGUUAAUCAACAACCAACCUUACCAUCCGCCGGGUUCCAUGGCACCACAAACGCCCCAAACGCCAUCGAGUAUUCCGGACAUUAUCUUCACAGAUGUCGACGAUGACGGAUCUACGAAUUUCCAUGGGGGCUUGGGCCCCAAUUUCGACGCGGAUUCGUGGUCUCAGGAGUUGAGUGCUAAUAUGGCGGAUAUCAUCCGUGACGAUACCAUGUUCAAAUUGCUCUCCGAAGGAUCCAAUAGUCCAUUUGACCAGCAAAUCUCGGACACCCUCUCUGAGGAGCACUUUGCAUCUUAAGAGUCAGGGUACCCGCUCAUUGCAUCGUACACGAGUAUUGAUUGAUUCAAAGUACACACACACACACCAUGACCUACAGACACAACCAUCGCCCUCGCAAAGACGUUUCAACCAUUGUUCGAUGACAUACAUUCCACACUUUUCGACCAAGAAGAAUGAUGGAGAUGAUUUUGAACACAACUCCGAUUCGCCUUGAACCGGUCACCUCGAUCUCAUCCGCUGUAUGCUCCUUUUCCUUUUCUUGCUCUACCAUCUUUUCUCUUCCACGUGCUUUUCAUAUUUAUUGCUCUCUCUCUCUUUAUCAAUCUAUUUCUUGAAAGAUCGUACGAAUUUAUCUUUAAAUAUAAUCUUCACAUUCAUCAUCCUUCUUGUAGAUUUGUAUUCAAAUCAUCUCUCGACGUAUUUUUGCCCAUUGUGAAGGGCCACUAUUAUUCACCAACUUUACAUCCAUCAAUCAAUUGAAACUGUCAUACCCGAAAUAGUCCCAACACACACUACAAACCCCUUUUGUUUCUCAGAUUUGAGCUCAAAAUGUGAAAUCCAAUUGUUGUGAGUCAAUCGACUAAACAUUGUAAACCCUGUUGUUGCUGUUAUUGCUGUUGUCUGCACUCCCUGGGAUUGCCGUGAUCUUCCUCUGCCCAAAAUAUUCGAACGAAAUUUGACUUAUCGAGCAGUGUUAAGCUCAAUCGGAUGCCCGGUAGUAUUACUUGAUUCAAAUGAGAUUUCACUUUGGUUCUUUGCAAAAUUGGUCUGACCACUUCUUUAUCUGUGAUUCACCGAGACAUUGCGCAUCCCAGGCAAGUGAGUCAUCAAUAUUAUUAAUACAAGAAAACCAUAUAUGAAUAGAUAUAUUUGUGACCCAAAGUGAAUGUAGUCCGUUUUUCUCCUGAAUAAAUAUCAUCAAACCUAA